CGUAGUAAUUUUUUGUGUAAAGAAGAAGAAAACUAACAAUAUAUAGUCACUCGUUACGUAAAUGGAUACAAUUGAUGACAUUAUUUAUGAGUAUAUGAAUACUUAAAAAUUGCGUUCAUGUUUCACAUCACUAUCUCAGAAUUAUUAUGAAUGAAUCAUACUUAACGUUUCCACCUACAGCUACUGUCGGUCUACAUAAGUUCUAUUGUUAAUCGUUGUGCACAUGAUAAAAUAGUUCUGUGUCUCAAGAAUUUUAUUUGCAAUAUAACUAAAUAAAUGUAAAGAUCUGAAAUUGACGACGGCAACGUAUGCAGCUAUAAUACAUAACCUGAUUUUGUAUAUUCUAGCAAAAUAAGUGUAGAAAAGAAUGUAUCCUAAAUGAAGUAUUGCAAAUAUAUAAAUAUAUUAAGAAUUUUCUGUGACCUGGAAUUUCUGAAGAUUGAAGAUAUACUAAAUAAUACAUAAUGGACACAGGACGAAUAAGUACAACCAGUAAUCAUAACGAUCUAAUUCAACGUUUACAACUUUCUGUAAAACUAUCGUAUGGCAUAGGGCACAUUUUAAAUGAUGUUUGUGCUUCUAUGUGGUUCACAUAUUUGUUAGUGUUCUUCCAUUUGGUAUUGGGAUUCAAUGCUAUGCUGGCUGGAGUAAUUUUACUCAUUGGUCAAAUAGCAGAUGCCAUAGCUACUCCGUUCAUUGGAUUUCAUUCUGAUAGUUACGAUAAAUUCUGGUUCUGUAAAUAUGGAAGGAGGAAAACAUGGCAUUUAAUAGGAACCUUAUGCAUUUUACUUGCAUUUCCUUUCGUAUUUUCCCCAUGCAUCGGAUGUGAGACAAGUGAUAAAUGGGCUCAAUUAAUUUAUUAUGCUGCAUUUGUUGUAAUCUUUCAAUUUGGUUGGGCUGCAGUCCAAAUAUCUCAUUUGUCGUUAGCCCCAGAACUUACACCUACCGAAUGUGAAAGAACAGAACUCAUAGCUAUUAGGUACAGUUUCACUGUUUUGUCAAAUAUUUUUGUUUAUUGUAUCACAUGGGCAGUGUUACAUAUAACAAACAGUAAUGAUUCCGAUUCUCAAAUUGGCCCCAAUGAUGCAAAGAAAUUUCAAGAAAUUCUAUUUAUCGUUAUUGGUGUAGGAUUCCUGGCAUCAAUGUUGUUCCACAUCUUCGUUAAGGAAAGAGUCAUCAGUGACUCUGAUGGAGUACUUCACAGAAAUACGAGGCCUGUAACAAUAUUAUUUAAAGAUGCACGUUUAUAUCAAGUGGCUUGCGUUUAUAUAUGUACGCGUUUGUUUGUAAAUUUAUUACAAAUUUAUAUGCCUUUGUAUUUACACAAAUCGUUACAUAUGCCAGCUACAUCUUUGGCUAUAAUGCCCUUAAUAAUGUUUUUAAGUAGUUUUGUAAUGUCUUUAAUUAUAGAAAAAUUAAACACAAAACUAGGCAGAAAAAUUUCAUUUUGCUUGGGUGUUAUGUUGGGUAUAUCUGCUUGUAUUUGGAUUCGAUGCGGCACAGGCAUAACAUACACAAAUUAUCAAAUUUAUCCAGUGUCUUUAAUAUUAGGAUUUGCUGGUUCUGUCAUGUUAGUGACUAGCCUCGGUCUUAUCGCUGACUUUAUUGGGCAGAACACAGAUAACGGCGCAUUUGUAUAUGGUGUAAUGAGUUUCACAGAUAAACUAUCCAAUGGUUUAGCAGUAAUAAUCAUUCAAUACUUAGAUAAUUGGAUCAACUCGGAAAAUUACUAUAGAGACAUAUUGGCAUAUGUGUGUAGUGCUUCUGCAAUCUUUGGUUUUGCAGCAAUUUUAUGUAUAAAAUCGUUUUCUCAUAGUGCAGCGUAUAAUACAUUACAUUCGGAACAAGCUACAGAAAACGAUAACACAUCAACAGAACCGAGAAAUUUAUUACAAGAGCAUAUCACAUAGUCUAAAAAAUGAAAUCAUUGAACUAACUGAAAUUUUAUUUUUAACUUGAAUUACAAAUGAUUAAGAAAAACAUGGUAUUUAUUUUUUAUAUAAAGUAAUAUAUAAUAUAUAAAUUGUAUAUAUGUAUAAUAAUAAUUUCCUGUUAUCAGUUAUUAAUGAUUAUUAAAGAAUUCUAUCUUUAACAAAU